ACGGCUAGGGGAUAGUUAUUAUGGAAAGGGGAAGAUGGAUAAGGAGCUAGGAUAUAAAAGUACGAUUGACAACUUCCCGUCGGAUAUUUUGGAUGAUAUAUUUGGAUGUAUGGGCAUCAAUGACUUUGUUAAAUUAGUUAGUAAUGAUGAAUUUAUUGAAGAGAAUCCUUCAAUUACCCAAGCCAUAAUGAAGAGGAUGAGCAGUGAGAAUAUUGCGUAUACUAACAGGGUAUGGCAAUUGACUUUUUUCGAGAUGUAUAUGAUGGUACCUUCGAAUGGCUAUUUGGAUAAGGAGAAUUUAGAAUUUUUGGAGAAGCUUGAAGACAUUGAAGAUUUGAUUGAAUUUUAUGUUAAAUACGUUGGGACUCGGGUUGAGUUACAGUAUCCCUUAACAAUAACGUAUUAUAUCUGGAAUUUGAUGGAUAUAUUUGAAUUUUUAAGUAUAUUCAAAAAAAUUAGUCUUAAUAAAGUCGAUGAGAUGAAUCUACGGUUUAAUAUCGAGUUAGAGUUUGACCCGGGUAUAUUACAUUUGAUUAACCUCACCCAGAUCAUUGAAGAAGUAUCGGAUUAUGUUUCCAACACAUUAACCCAUAUAUCAAUUACAAAUUAUACUGGAGACUUUCAAUUUGAUGUUUCCAAGUUUCCAAAUUUGCAAAAAAUAAGAUUUGAAAAUACUAAUGUUAAAUUCAAAUCGAGUUUCCGGAAAAAUUUAUUGAUCGAUACUUUAAUUUUGCAUCCUAAUUGUAAUGGAUAUAAUAAUAAUAAACCGAUCAUACUUUAUAAGUCGUUACCAAUAAAUUUAAAGAUCUUAAAAUUAGGGAAUUGCAUUAUCAACAGUAGACUGAUGAAUUAUGCAAUUCCAACUAAUCUAGACACUUUAAUAUUAUCAAGAGUGAAAGAUUUUCUGAAUUGUUUUUUGGAGCGAAUGAUUUUAUCAAAUUUACCAAAUUUAACUAAUAUCAAUAUCGAAAAUAUACUUGAUUCAAAUAAUCAACUAAUAAAAAUUUGGGGGGCAGAUACUUGUCAACAAAUGAAUAUAUUCAAUUUCAUUACGUGUUUGAAAUUACCACCAAAAUUAAAACAAGUCAGUUUAUCCAAUAAUAACAUUACUAAUUUUUCAAGAGUUGUGUUACCGUAUUUACCCCCAACAUUGACUUAUUUAAAUAUAGCUGAUAAUCCAAUUAACUGGGAUACCGAAACCAAACCAAUUAAAUUACCGUCAAAUUUAACGUUUUGUAAACUUUCAAACACCGGAAUUGGUUCAAACUUGCAUAAAAUUGAAUUCCCUGAUUCAAUAAAAAUCUUAUCUCUAGAGGUUAAUCAACUUACUUGUGUGGAAAACAUUAAAUUUCCCAAAAAAUUAGUUAAUUUAGGUAUUGGUUCCAAUUACAUACCAAAUAUUAACUCAUGUUUAGACUUACCCUCGCUGGUUCAUACCAUACAUAUGACAGAAAAUAGAUUGAAGGGAUCAAUCGACUUAUCUCAUAAUCUGAAUGGAGAUGAAUUGAAUAUACAGGUUUUAUACUUAAACUAUAAUCAAUUUAACACAAUCGAAUUAUUCAAAUUCCCAAGAAAUUUGAAAUUAUUAAACUUUGAUGACUGCCAUAUACCAAACUUGAAGAAUGUUAAGUUUCCCUCUACUAUAGUCGAAUUAAGUUUUAAUGGAUGUGAUAUCAAUAAGAUUCAGAAGAUCACUUUUGAAGAUGAUUCAAAUUUACAAUAUUUAAACUUGGCUAAUAAUAAACUAACUGAAUCAUGUCUUAAACAAAUUACAUUCCCAGAUAAAGUAGAAACUUUAAACUUAUCUCAUAACAAGAUUGAAUCAGUAGAUUCGAAAAAAUUUCAAAAUUUGAAACAUUUAAAAUUUUUGAAUCUUUCCCAUAACAAGCUUAAAAAAAUUCAAUUGAAUUUAAAUUCAAAUUUGAACGUCUUAGACGUUUCGAUCAACUUGAUCAAACUCGUUCAAUUAACCUUUACUAGGGAUUCAAAUUUGAAAAUAAUUAACUUGUGUCAUAAUAAAUUAAAUAAUUUUAAUUUCCACAUGCUUGGCCAUGGCGUAAAUGGCAUACAUCAUAAUUCAUUAAUCGAAAUUGAUUUAACUGAAAAUAAGUUAUAUGAAGAUGACUUAUCUAAAUUAUUGAAUGAAAACAAUUAUCCAAUUAAUUUAAAAGCUUUAUUAAUUGGUUAUACCGGUUUACAAGAUCAAUUUGGUUAUGAUAUCGGUAAAAAUAUCAUCAACUCUAAUUAUUGUCAAGGUAAAAAAAUCGAUGUACCUGAUUUAUAA